CGCAUGUUCUCGGCUCAGGCUCCGACGCGUUCACCGGGGCCACCGGAGUCGUCUCGGCUUUAUUUACCCAGACUGAUGCGCGCGGCCCAGGAACAGGAAUACCGAAGCCUUCUCAUGUUUCCCGACUGUCCGGCCCAGCCUGCGAACAUCCCGCGGGUGCGGUAUCCAUGUUCCCGGGCGGCGAGAGAGGAAGCGAUCGCGCCGGUCGGGCGGCGGGGAGCUGCUGUUAACCCCUCUGGUAGACAGCAGCCACCGGCCAAGCCGGGAACCCGAGGCAGUCUCAUCCUCCCAGCGGGGCACCGCUCCCUGAUGCUUUUGCCAAGCAGCGCCCAGCAAAACCAGCUUUUUCUUUCCUUUUGCGCUCAGAGGUGUAAUCCGAGAAGCUGCCCGGAGCCUGGGGCUCGCGUAAACAGGACAGAGGUUGCACUGCAACAGUGCAGUGCAAAUCCUGUUUUUUAGCUGCUCCUGGUGUCGGAAAUGUCACCAACCCAGGCUGGGGGCAAGGAGGUGGCGAAGACACCCCAGGUGUUUCCCUCCUGAUUAGCUGGAGGUUAGAGCUUCUUGCACCUGGGGAUCCCUUUGGUGUCGCUGAGCUGGCCUGCAAAGUCCAGGCUUGUGGAGGUCAAGGCCAGGCAAGCAUCACUUGCACUGCAGAGGUUGAGAUGCCUGCAGGUAGAGGUGGGGCAAGGCGACCUCAGGUGCCUGUGCUACCACAGCCAGGUGUGCAGAAGACAAUGCGAGGAGACUUGGAUCUAUCUACAUGUGCCCCAGGGUUAGAACCUAAAGUCAUACGGAGCAAGAAGAAAGAAUGGCUACCACAUUCUCUAAAAUGUGAUUUGUAAUCUACCAAAGACUGCGCAGUUGGACGGAAGAAGCGUCAAGAAAUUGUGACAGCUCAGAGAGUCACGGAGGUGGAGCAUCAAGCCUCCUGCUCCGGUGGCUGGGCUCCGCUGUUCUUGGUACCGGCUAUGUCUUUUAAGAGCUAAAGAAGACUUAAACACGAAAAAUACCUGAAAGAAUUAGUAUCAUUUGUACUUUUCUCCCUUAACGAUAGCCACACAGGCAAGAGCCCCACCUAAGAAUCUGCCUUUUAUGUGGUCUAGAAGUGGCUAAAAUAUAUAAUAAAGCUAUUUCCAGAACUAAUCUCACCCUCGAUUCUUCAAAGUUGUCAUCUCCUCAGCUAGCAACAAGAAACUCAGCAAGGCACAAUUUAAACAAGGAAGGAGACUGGCUUUUUAUUUUUGUGCUCCACGCGUAUGUGCACCAUAGUUUGAUCGACCGACUUUUGUGCUGUUCCCGUGUUUCUGUUAUGUGAUGUUCCUUGGCGGUACUGCAUUGCUGCCUUUUGCGCUGCGCUUGUGCAGUAGGAUGAGGGCAGGCUCUCAUUCACAGAUGCCACCUCAGCGGCUUAAACCCCAAGGACAAAUCUGACAAUUUCAACCACCGAUUUUCAGCGGGCACGUUUCACAACAGAGGCGGGUACAGUUGACAAUCCAUAGGAAGAAAGAGUUCAUUCCCUUUCGCGGUCUCUGUGUAAAGAUGCUCGGUAGGCAUUGGGCUGCAACCUCGCCUUCUGACCUCAGCUGCCCUUCCCUAGGACGAAGUAGCAAUAGCAAAUGUGAUUCUGAUUUUAUAAUAUUCUACUGGUUUAUGGAACUGUGUGCUACAGUUAUGCUAUUGUAGUACAGAACAAAGGACUUUUGUGAUCUUUAGUGUUUCAAUGUAUUUACAUGCGUUAAAAAAAAAUACCGGGGACUGCGUGAUACAUUGGCACACAGCUUCCUCCCCCACCCCCCGCGCAUAAGAGGUACAGAAUUAAACAAAUAUAUAUUUGCCACACACAUCUUAGUCUCACGUGAGGUCACUGGAAAUUAAUAUAUCACUUCUCCGUUGGACUGGGGGACUUAAUGGCUCGGGUCUAUUUUGCAGUAGAGGGACAGUAGAAGGCCCGUGUUAAAAAUGAAAGUGUUUUCCAAACAGUUCACAGAAAAUGUUCCAGGUUUCAGCCUGUGUGUGAGGGGAAGUAUAUGUUUUUAUAACAGCUCAGACACCUUUAUCGUCAUAUUAAAUUUCACCUUUUCCUAAAUUGAUUUUUACUUAGACUCUCCCAGUCUAUGAAGUGGUGUAUCUGUAUCUUCAGCCUCAGAUGUGAAAGUUGCCCUUUGAAGCAGGGGUGGGGAGAGGGAAGCUCCUGUGGAGUGUGUGGAAGGUACCCUUUAUUUACUAGGGGAGAGACAAAAAAAGAAACCCCUGCUCAGAGAAUGAAAACCC